GCCAUGGGGUCGCAGGUGUUGCAGAUCUUGCGCCAGGGGGUGUGGGCCUCGCUCACCGGCGGUUGGUUCUUCGACCCGCACCAGAGCACUUUCUCCAACUGCUUCCACCUCUACGUCUGGAUCUUUCUGCUCACCUUUCCCUUCCUGCUGUACAUGGUCCUGCCCCCCAGCUUGAUGGUGGCUGGUGUGUACUGCCUCGUGGUGGCCGUCAUCUUUGCUACCAUCAAGACUGUGAACUAUCGACUGCACGCCAUGUUCGAUCAGGGCGAGAUCGUGGAGAAGCGCAACUCUACCAUGGGGGAGCUGGAGGAGGAGCCUGCUCAGGGGGACAGCAGUCCUCCCAGGGACCCUGGAGUGGAGAUGACAGUGUUCCGGAAAGUGAGUUCCACACCCCCGGUGCGCUGCAGUUCCCAGCAUUCCGUGUUUGGCUUCAACCAGGUCUCGGAGCUGCUGCCCCGAAUGGAGGACUCUGGGCCCCUCAGAGACAUCAAGGAGCUAGUACGGGAGCAGGGCAGCAACAAUGUGAUUGUGACCUCAGCCGAUCGGGAGAUGCUGAAGCUCAGCUCGCAGGAGAAACUGAUUGGAGAUCUUCCCCAGACACCCCCAGGGGCUGCCCCAGACCCCUCUCUCCCCAGCACGGACUCUUCAGAGCGGUCUCCCCUGGCUGGAGAUGGCGCUCCCUGGAGCGUGAGCAGUGUGGCUGACACUCCCAUGAGCCCCUUGCUCAAGGGGAGCCUCAGCCAGGAGCUGAGCAAGAGCUUUCUGACCCUGACCCGGCCUGACCGGGCUCUGGUAAGGACCAGCAGUCGACGGGAGCAGCGGCGGGGAGCGGGCGGCUACCAGCCCCUGGACCGACGGGGCUCAGGUGAGCCCAUGCCCCAGAAGGCUGGCUCCUCGGAUUCCUGCUUUAGUGGUACCGACAGGGAGACGCUGAGCAGCUUCAAGAGCGAGAAGACCAACUCGACCCACCUGGACAGCCCCCCCGGGGGACAGGCCCCCGAGGGCAGUGACACAGACCCACCCUCUGAGGCUGAGCUGCCAGCCUCACCAGAUGCUGGGGUCCCCUCAGAUGACACGCUGCGUUCCUUUGACACAGUCAUCGGAGCAGGGACGCCACCGGGCCCGGCUGAGCCACUCCUGGUUGUGCGGCCCAAGGACUUGGCCCUGCUGCGGCCUAGCAAACGGCGGCCGCCCAUGCGAAGACACUCUCCACCUGGCCGUGCCCCUCGACGACCCCUGCUUGAGGGGGCAGGCUUCUUUGAAGACGAAGACACCAGCGAGGGCAGCGAACUGAGCCCGGCCUCCAGCCUCCAAUCACAGCGUCGCUACAGUACUGACAGCUCCUCUUCCACUUCCUGCUACUCCCCCGAGAGCUCCCGAGGUGCAGCAGGGGGGGCCCGGAAGCGGCGGGCGCCCCACGGGGCUGAGGAGGGGACUGCUGUGCCCCCCAAGCGGCCCUACGGGACCCAGCGGACGCCCAGUACUGCCAGCGCCAAAACACAUGCCCGCGUGCUGAGCAUGGAUGGGGCAGGGGGUGAUGUCCUGAGGGCGCCCCUGGCUGGCUCCAAGGCCGAGCUGGAGGCCCAGGUAGGGGUUGAGCUAGCUGUCGGCGAGCCUGCUUUGCUGCCUGCCGAGGCCCGAAGGGGACCUGCCGCCAACCAGCCUGGCUGGCGGGGGGAGCUGCAGGAGGAAGGUGCUGUGGGGGGAGCAGCCGAGGAGACCGGCCGGCGGGACCGCUCCAGCAGUGUGAGGCGGACCCAGGCUAUCCGAAGGCGUCACAAUGCGGGCAGCAACCCCACUCCUCCAGCCUCCGUCAUGGGCUCGCCACCCAGCAGUCUGCAGGAAGCUCAGCGGGGCCGCGCGGCCUCCCACUCACGGGCUCUGACGCUGCCCUCUGCCCUGCACUUCGCCUCUUCUCUGCUGCUCACCCGGGCCGGUGCCAAUGUGCAUGAGGCCUGCACCUUUGACGACACCUCUGAGGGCGCUGUGCAUUAUUUCUACGAUGAGAGUGGUGUGCGGCGUUCCUACACUUUUGGCCUGGCUGGAGGUGGCUACGAAAACCCCGUGGGGCAGCAGGCGGAGCAGGCAGCCAACGGAGCCUGGGACCGCCACUCACAUUCCUCCAGCUUCCACUCUGCUGAUGUCCCCGAGGCCUCAGGCGGCCUGAACCUGCUGCAACCAAGGCCCGUGGUUCUACAGGGCAUGCAGGUGCGCCGGGUGCCCCUGGAGAUCCCAGAGGAGCAGACACUGAUGGAGGAGGCACCGCCCCGUGCCCAGCACAGCUACAAGUACUGGCUCUUUCCCGGCCGCUGGACCUCUGUGCGCUAUGAGCGGCUUGCCCUGCUUGCCCUGCUGGACCGGACGCGAGGGGUGGUGGAGAACAUCUUCGGCGUCGGACUGAGCAGCCUUGUGGCCUUCCUGGGCUACCUGUUGCUGCUCAAGGGCUUCUUCACUGACAUCUGGGUCUUCCAGUUCUGCCUGGUCAUCGCCUCCUGCCAGUACUCCCUGCUGAAGAGCGUCCAGCCUGAUGCGGCGUCUCCCAUGCACGGCCACAACUGGGUGAUCGCAUACAGCCGUCCCGUCUACUUCUGCAUCUGCUGUCUGCUCAUCUGGCUGCUGGACACCCUGGGCUCAGCCCAGCCCUUCCCCCCCGUCUCUCUCUAUGGCCUCACACUCUUCUCCGCCUCCUUCUUCUUCUGUGCCCGAGACGUGGCUACUGUGUUCACCUUGUGCUUCCCGUUCGUCUUCCUCCUGGGCCUCCUGCCCCAGGUCAACACCUGCCUCAUGUACCUGCUGGAACAGAUAGAUAUGCACGGCUUCGGUGGCACGGCUGCCACCAGCCCGCUCACUGCAGUCUUCAGCCUCUCCCGCAGCCUGCUGGCCGCUGCCCUGCUCUAUGGCUUCUGCCUGGGCGCCAUCAAGACUCCUUGGCCGGAGCAGCACGUCCCUGUCCUCUUCUCAGUCUUCUGUGGCCUCCUGGUGGCGCUGUCCUACCACUUGAGCCGGCAGAGCAGUGACCCCACCGUGCUCUGGUCUCUGAUCCGGAGCAAGCUCUUCCCCGAGCUGGAGGAGCGGAGCCUGGAGACAGCCCGGGCCGAGCCCCCAGACCCUCUGCCAGACAAGAUGCGCCAGUCGGUGCGUGAGGUCCUGCACUCUGACCUGGUGAUGUGUGUGGUGAUCGCCGUGCUCACCUUCGCCAUCAGUGCCAGCACCGUCUUCAUCGCCCUGAAGUCGGUGCUGGGUUUCGUGCUGUACGCGCUGGCCGGGGCUGUGGGCUUCUUCACGCAUUACCUCCUGCCACAACUCCGCAAGCAGCUGCCCUGGUUCUGCCUCUCGCAGCCUGUGCUGAAGCCGCUGGAGUACAGCCAGUACGAAGUGCGCGGUGCCGCCCAGGUCAUGUGGUUCGAGAAGCUGUAUGCCGGCCUACAGUGCAUGGAGAAGUACCUCAUCUAUCCUGCCGUGGUGCUCAAUGCUCUCACGGUGGAUGCCCACACUGUCGUCAGCCACCCGGAUAAGUUCUGCCUCUACUGCCGGGCGCUGCUGAUGACUGUGGCCGGGCUGAAGCUGCUGCGCUCGGCCUUCUGCUGCCCACCGCAGCAGUACCUGACCUUGGCCUUCACCGUCCUGCUCUUCCACUUUGACUACCCGCGCCUCUCCCAGGGCUUUCUGCUUGACUACUUCCUCAUGUCUCUGCUCUGUAGCAAGCUGUGGGACCUGCUGUACAAGCUGCGUUUUGUGCUCACCUACAUCGCGCCCUGGCAGAUCACCUGGGGCUCAGCCUUCCACGCCUUUGCCCAGCCCUUUGCUGUGCCACACUCGGCCAUGCUGUUCAUCCAGGCCCUGCUCUCGGGGCUCUUCUCCACGCCGCUCAACCCCUUGCUAGGCAGUGCCGUCUUCAUCAUGUCCUACGCGCGGCCCCUCAAGUUCUGGGAGCGGGACUACAACACAAAACGUGUGGACCAUUCCAACACCCGCCUGGUCACACAGCUGGACCGGAACCCCGGCGCUGAUGACAACAACCUCAACUCCAUCUUCUACGAGCACUUGACGCGCUCACUGCAGCACACGCUGUGUGGGGACCUGAUGCUGGGCCGCUGGGGCAACUACGGCCCCGGCGACUGCUUCGUCUUGGCCUCUGACUACCUCAACGCCCUAGUGCAUCUCAUCGAGGUUGGCAAUGGCCUCGUCACCUUCCAGCUGCGUGGCCUUGAGUUCCGGGGCACUUACUGCCAGCAGCGCGAGGUGGAGGCUAUUACCGAGGGUGUGGAGGAGGACGAGGGCUGCUGCUGCUGCGAGCCUGGCCACCUGCCACGGGUCCUGUCCUUCAAUGCCGCCUUUGGGCAGCGCUGGCUGGCCUGGGAGGUGACGGCCAGCAAGUACGUGCUGGAGGGCUACAGCAUCAGUGACAACAACGCCGCCUCCAUGCUGCAGGUCUUUGAUCUCCGCAAGAUCCUCAUCACCUACUAUGUGAAGAGCAUAAUCUACUACGUGAGCCGCUCCCCAAAGCUGGAGGCGUGGCUGAGCCAUGAGGGCAUUGCAACUGCCUUGCGGCCUGUGCGGGCUCCUGGCUAUGCUGACUCGGACCCCACCUUCUCGCUGAGCGUGGAUGAGGACUACGACCUGCGCCUUUCUGGCCUCUCUCUGCCCUCCUUCUGCGCCGUGCACCUCGAGUGGAUCCAGUACUGUGCCUCCCGGCGCAGCCAGCCCGUGGACCAGGAUUGGAACUCCCCGCUGGUCACGCUGUGUUUUGGCCUGUGUGUGCUGGGCCGCCGGGCCCUGGGGACAGCCUCGCACAGCAUGUCUGCCAGCCUGGAGCCCUUCCUGUACGGUCUGCACGCCCUGUUCAAGGGGGACUUUCGCAUCACCUCCCCGCGGGACGAGUGGGUCUUCGCCGACAUGGACCUGCUCCACCGCGUCGUGGCGCCCGGGGUCCGCAUGGCUCUCAAGCUCCACCAGGACCACUUCACGUCCCCCGAUGAGUACGAAGAGCCGGCGGCGCUGUACGACGCCAUCGCGGCCAACGAGGAGCGGCUGGUCAUCUCGCACGAGCUGCACAAGGGCUGCGGUGCUGGCUGCAACAGUGGUGGGAACGUGGACGACUCAGACUGUGGGGGGGGCGGCGGCCUGACCUCUCUCAGCAGCAACCCCCCCUUGGCACACCCCACGCCCGAGAACACAGCAGGCAGUGGUGACCAGCCCCUCCCACCAGGCCCAGGCUGGGGGCCGCGGCCCUCCCUGAGUAGUUCUGGUGACGGGCGGCCUCCCCCUCUGCUGCAGUGGCCUCCUCCUCGGCUCCCUGGACCACUCCCUGCCUCACCCGCCCCUACUGAGGGUCCCCGGCCUUCACGACCCCCAGGCCCUGGCCUCCUCAGUUCUGAGGGCCCCAGCGGAAAGUGGAGCCUGGGGGGUCGGAAGGGGCUGGGAGGAUCUGAUGGGGAGCCAGCCUCAGGGAGCCCCAAAGGAGGUACCCCCAAAUCUCAGGCGCCUCUAGACCUCAGCCUCAGCCUCAGCCUCAGCCUCAGCCUGGACGUGAGCACUGAGGCCUCACCCCCCCGAGCUGCCCAGGACAUUCCUUGCUUGGACAGCAGUGCCCCUGAGAGUGGCACGCCUACUGGGGCCCCAGGCGACUGGCCUGCCCCCACUGAGGAACGUGAGAGCCCGGCAGCCCAGCCCUUGCUGGAGCACCAAUACUGAGCAGCCUGGCGCCCGCUGGGUCUCACACCAAGAUUCAGUUACUCGGACCCCCUCUGCUGCCUCUGGCCCUCUCUGCUGGACCACGGAAUUGAGUGGCGUUGGCUUCCACAUCUGAGCCCUGGCCUCUGGCUGCCUCAGCCAGAGAAUCAGAACUGAAUGGCCCGGACCUCGACCCCUGAUCUCAUCCCUAGUCCAGGGCCUGGCCUCCCCAGACGGAGGCAGUCAGCCUCCUAGCCAGGCCCUAAGAGCCAAACCAUGGGCUGGUCCCGCUUUGAGCCCGUGGCCAGGACCACUUCUGCCCCUGGGCUUGCACUGCCUGCAGGGGUGGCCCCCUUGGCCUGGACCUGGGGCCUGAAUGAGGGAACGGUGGUUUCUUUCUUUCUUUUUUUUUUUUUUUUGGUCAUUUUUUUUCGUGCUUCGGAGACACCAGAAUUAAUAACACUAUUUUUGAUUUUG